CUGCCUCACCCUCACUGCUGCUUCUACCACCCUAGUCUGGGUCUACACUCCCCUCAACCUCCUGAAUACCCCAUCAGUCCUCCUAUCUCUACCACCAACACCACCGUGCUCCUGCGUCUACUCCCUUUCCUUCCUCCAUCUCCUCCUCUCACCCCCACCUUCACCCUCCACCUCCUGCCUCACCAAGCCUGGGUAUGAUCACUGGUCCUCGAGGGAUUUCCUGGACUGUCCCUAUCUGGAUGAGACUCUGGAGCUGGGUUCUCUGCACCAUGACUCCCUGUCUGAUGACGGUUUGCACAGAGAGAAAGCAGCCAAAGAUGCCUUCAGUGGUUUCACAUUUAACUCAGCUGCUGGAGGUCAGAGCAUGCUCAGCUCAUACGUAGUAGGUGUAGCUGACUUGGACCCCAAACUGAGGAGUACCUGGACUCCAAACUGA